UGCUCUUCACCACUGUCACAAAUUAGGGAUUCUCGUUUUUGAUCGGCCAUUUUAACGUUACAUUUUCUUGAGGUGUGUGUGUGUGAACUAUAAACUUAUCAGUUUUUGGCCAGAGUUUUCAGUGUAAAAUUGUGAACUGUUGCAGAUUGCAAGUGUUUAUUUCCCAGUGAAUACUUUAUUUAUCGUAUGUCCAUCCAGAAUCUAAACACAUUUGACCCCUUUGCUGAUGCAAUCAAGGGUUCUGAUGAUGAUGUCCAGGAUGGUCUUGUGCAUAUAAGAAUCCAACAGCGUAAUGGUCGUAAGACCUUAACUACUGUUCAGGGACUUUCUUCAGAAUAUGACCUGAAAAAAAUUGUCCGAGCAUGCAAAAAGGAAUUUGCCUGCAAUGGGACUGUGAUCGAGCACCCAGAGUACGGUGAGGUGUUGCAGCUCCAGGGUGACCAACGAGAGAACAUUUGCCAGUGGCUUACAAAGACAGGGCUAGCCAAACCAGACCAACUCAAAGUACACGGUUUCUAAAUGGAAAACGCUACACUUCAAUUUUUUUAACAAAAUUUUUUUGCAGUUUUAUAUAGAUUUGAUCAACAAUUCUUUUGUAUGCAAUUUUAAAUAAUUCACGUACGUUUUUCAUAAAUACUCGAUUUUGUUUAUUUUACUGUAACUCGGUUGAUUUUGUUUUAACUCAUUUAGUGAUUUUGAACUGGUUAAAUUAAAACCUCGAGCAAUGAGUCUGCUUUACUGGAGAUAGUAUGUAUCUAGAUGCUAUCGAUAUAUUUAGAGAAAAUUAUUCGAAAUAAUGUUUAUCACGAGAACGCUGUGUAUAGAGGCACAAAUAUCAGUAAAAAUAGCUUGUUUAUAUAGACAAUUUUCUUUUCCACUGUGCCUUUUUGAUAUCGGGUUAUUGCCUAAUGGAUAUCACGCUGACAUGGUAGACCCGCCAAGGCGAUAUACUCUAGAAUAAAUCACAAUGUGAUAUGAUACACAUGGCUAUUUAUUUAUUUCCUGUUAUUUGGUGUUAGUACCUAUUGGUGUUGUACCAAAUUUAUAAGUUAACUGUAAUGCUACUACAUAUUAAUUCCAGUAAAUAACGAUUUCAACUGCU